AUGAUAUCGGCUAUAGGAAGUAAUGAUCCUCAAAAAGCGAGAUUAGCACGUCAAGAAGAUGUUGCUUCUCCGGAGGAUCAAGAUAGUAGACAAACUCGCAAAAGGAAAUGGCCCAAAAAGGAUAACGUGGACAUUAUGCGAGCAUACUUUAUUGGCACAAAGUGUGAAUUGAGCAAGCAAGUUUUUCGCAAGAAGACCUUAAUAGAAUGGAGACGACUCAGACCAGACUUGAAUUUAACAGAGUCGCAACUAGCCAACCAGUUAUAUGCCAUCAGAACGCACAAUUUACUAACGGUACUAGAAAUUGCAAUGGUUAAAGAAGAAAAACGGCAAACUACUAACAGAGACAUUCAGAACGGCACGGGUAAAAACUGA